ACCAUACCUUAAUUUUCCUAUUUUAUUUAUGUUAGUAUUAUUAAGAGUUUUCAAAACUAAUUAAGUACUUUAAUUGGGUCUGAAAGCCGAAGCCCACAGCCUUUUUCAAGUUAUAUACGACCAACUCAAGACCGCAACUACAAGCUUUCGCAACACAGGACCAGUUUGAAAUCGUAACUGUAAGCUUUCUUCUGCUUAUAUUACUCCCCCCCAACUCCCUUCCCUCCUCGACCCCUCUCUCUCCUCUCUCUCUCUCUCUCUCUCUCUUGAUUUCAAAUUUUCAAGAUCUAGACUUAGGUUUUGUGUCGAAGUCCUAAAAGGCUCCACGAAAGGCAAAGCUCGCGACUUUCGGACAUUCUUCACGAACGUUAGCCCCUGCACUUUGCUUUCUUUUUCUAGGGUUGUUGGUAUUCUUGGCCAUUUUUGCACAUGGACUAUGAUGUCUCCGAAAUCAGUGAAUUCCUCGAGGGGGUAAAGUCUCAGGAAACGAAAGAUCUGCUGUAGGUUCUAUCUCAUUUUCUAGGAUGUAUACAGACAUGGAGGCUGAAAUUCAUCACCUUGAGCAAGAAGCAUACUGUGCAGUCCUAAGGGCCUUUAAAGCGCAGUCUAAUGCGAUUACUUGGGUAUUUAUGGUUGCAUGUCACUGUGCUUGUUAUCUUGAAUCCUUGAUAUUGUUUGUGAAUAUUUGUCAUGGGUGUGUACGUCAGGAGAAGGAAGGUUUGAUUACUGAACUUAGGAAAGAACUGAGAGUAUCGGAUGAUGAACACAGAGAGCUUCUGACCAGGGUUAAUUCUGAGGACAUCAUCGAUAAGAUAAGAGUGUGGAGAGACAAAGGUGGUCAUCAAGCUGCUAGGCUUACUUCAUCUCAGAAUGUAAAUGUAUUUGAACUUUUAUCUAGUCCUACUAUUUCAGCGUCCCGAAAGAAACAGAAAACAUCACAAUCGCAUGGUCAGCCAUUCCCUGGUUUAUCCUCAAUGAAGUCCAUGAAAUACCCUUCAACAGGACCUGUUGGAAGUAGACAAUUCACCCGCAGUUCUUCUGGUCCCUUUGUUGAAGCGGCUGAAGCAGAAACAUCUGAUUCAUUAGUUGGAAGGAAAGUGUGGACAAGGUGGCCUGAAGACAACAGCUUCUAUGAAGCCGUUAUCACUUACUACAACCCGGCAGAGGGUCGACACGCUUUGGUCUAUGACAUACAUACACCAAAUGAGACAUGGGAAUGGGUUGAUCUUAAAGAGAUCUCUCCUGAGGAUAUCUGUUGGGAAGAUCCGGGCCCAUCAGGACGCAGGGCUAAGAAAUCUACAAGCCAUACCUCAAGAAAGCGAGGACCCACAAAGUCUCAAUCAAAGAAAGAACUUACAUCGCAAAAUGGUAUAGGGAAGGCGCCAGAUGAUUUAGAAUUAUUAAAUACUGAUACCCUGGUGAAGGAGGUGGAGAGAGUUUUCAAUGCAAGCGAGCCAGAUCCUUUUGAGCUCGAAAAAGCAAGGAAAAUUCUGAAAGAUCAUGAACAGGCCCUUGUUGAUGCCAUUCAAAGGCUGGCAUAUGCAUCAGAUGGUGAAAGUGCAGAUAGAGAGCACACAUUUCUGCACAGUCGAUCAAUGGAUGGAUAGCAGUGGGAACAAGUAUCGUUGUUGAAAGCAUCAGAGUAUUGACAGAGUCCAAAACGGGAUGAUCUUUGGCAGGUACUCUUCGGAGGUAGCAGGAAUACAGGUCGUGAUCGAAUUUAUUAGGCACAUCCAAAUGUGAAAACAUCUCGAUUUAGUGUUUCAGAUACGGCAAGAAGUUGAGGAGGUACCGUUUCUUUCAGAACCUGUCAGAUUGUUGCUCAAAUGUAAAGUUGAUUAUAGCAAAUGACAUCAAGAACUUGUCCUGAUUCAUUCCCUCCUGUAUGAAGCUGGAGAUUUACAGCUUGCGGUGUUGAUCUCUUGUAGCAUGUUUAAACUGCGUACAUAAAUCCUGCGAAGAAAGCAAACAAAUUCGCAUUCGUGGCAAAAUACCACUUUCUUCUUCGAGUAAAAAUUCCUUCUGGUUUCCCUUGA